CCCCGCGGGCAGCAUGAAAGUCACGUCCCUCGACUGCCGCCAGCUGAGGAAGCUGCUGCGGAAGGAGCCCUCGCGCUGCCUGGUGCUGGACUGCCGGCCCUACCUGUCCUACUCGGCCUCCUGCCUCCGCGGCUCCCUCAACGUGAACCUCAACUCGGUGGUGAUGCGGCGGGCCCGCGGCAAUUUUUGGAAACACAAACCUUUGUAUUUCUUUCUCUCGUCUUCCCUAGGGGGGUAUGAAACCUUUAAUUCGCAAUAUCCUGAGUGCUGUGUGGAUGGGAAGCUCCUUUCCCCGGAGAGAAGCGACACGGAGAGGAGCACGGCCAGCCCCGGCGUCCCCCCCAAGCCGGCCUACGACCAGGGCGGCCCGGUGGAAAUCCUGCCUUUCCUCUACCUCGGCAGUGCCUACCACGCUUCCAAGUGCGAGUUCCUGGCCAACCUGCACAUCACAGCCCUACUCAACGUGUCUCGGAGGAGCUCGGAGCCCUUCACGGACCAGUACUGCUACAAGUGGAUCCCGGUGGAGGACAGCCACGCGGCCGACAUCAGCUCCCACUUCCAGGAGGCCAUCGACUUCAUCGACUGCGUCAGGCGAGCAGGGGGCAAGAUCCUGGUGCACUGCGAGGCGGGCAUCUCGCGCUCACCCACCAUCUGCAUGGCCUACCUCAUGAAAACCAAGCGGCUCCGCCUGGAGGAGGCCUUCGACUACGUCAAGCAGCGCCGCAGCCUCAUCUCGCCCAACUUCGGCUUCAUGGGCCAGCUGCUGCAGUACGAGUCGGAGAUCCUGUCGUCCACCCCCAGCCCCCCCGUCGCCUCGUGCAAAAGAGAAGCGGUGUCUUUCUUUGCAGAAGAACUGACUUUGGGCAAAAGCUUUGAGGGCUCGUGCUUCGCCUUUCCUACCUCAGUGCUCACGUCUGUGCCCAUCCACUCUCCCGUCCACCAGCUCAAACUUAGCCCCAUGACGGCGUCCUCGUCCUGCUGA